AUGAAUUACUGUGAAAAAGGAGAUCUUUUCGAUUACGUAAGAAAGCAUGAAAAGCUAAGUGAAUCAUAGAUAAAAAAGUUGAUGAUCUAGUUGAUUGGUGUAGUUCAUAUGAUUCAUAGACUAAAUGUUAUUCAUAGAGAUCUCAAACCUGAUAACAUUCUUAUCAAAAAUACUAAAGGUCUCAAUAUUUCACUUAUUGAUUUCGGUCUCGCAUGCUAUAAUGACGAUUAUCAAUGGAAAUAAAAAAGGUGUGGAACUCCCGGAUUCAUGGCACCAGAAAUAAUUAGAUAGCAUGUUUUUGACUUAAACAGCGAUAUUUUUAGUUUGGGCUGCAUUUUUUAUUUCCUAAAUGUAAAAAAGUAUUUGUUCCAAGGAGUAUCUGUCAAAUAAAGUCCAGAGGGCAUUGAUUUGAUGAAAAAGAUGCUAUCAAAAGACCCUCGGAACAGAUUAUCAGCAGAGAAAUGUUUCUAGCAUUAAUGGUUUCAAACCGAUGCAGAAUAUUGUUAAAAGAUCAUAGAAAACAAUGUAAUUUUUGCUGAAAUGAAGAACAACGGUGCAUAUGAAGGUGAGGAGGAGUUAAAAAAUGAAUCAGAUGAUUCAGGGAGUAUAAAUUAAAGUGCGUAACUUCCCGAUUUUAAGGGAGUACUGGAAGUUAAAGACUUUAACCAGAUUUUAGAUUGUAAUCAAAAAAUGAGCAAUAGAAACAUUGCUGCUAACCAUAGAGUAUUUAUAUAAAGAAAUUGA